AUGUCCUCGUUUGUUUCACCGGCUGUUAGGAGAACAAAUUUGAAGAGUAUCAAACCAGUGGUUACUGAAGGUUCUCAACCGUUAUCAAGAAUCAAAUCUUCAAGUGCAGUGACAAACGAUGGGAAAUUCUUUCUUUUCGGUGGAUUUGAUGAAGAUGAUAAUUAUAUUUAUACAAAUCUGUGGAGCACUUACCCACAAGAUCAAGUUUAUAGAGAAGGUCACUCAUCUUUAUUUAUAGGUAAAGAUCCUCAGACUAAAAAUGAUACAAUAUUAAUCUAUGGAGGUGUGCCAGAAGAAUCAAAUAAUAGUCGUUUCAAUCAUUCACAACUAGUUAAAUAUCAUGUUCAAUCUAAUGAAUGGGAAUCUAUUCAAGAUCAAGGUCCUGCUAUCCCCGAAGAACCAAGAUCAAGACAUGCUGCUUGUCUUUCACAAGACGGUACCAAGAUGUUUAUAUCUGGUGGACUAUUCAAAGAUGAUUUGAAUGAUCCUUAUGAUGACUUAAGGAUAUUUGAUAUAACAAGAGGUGUUUGGGAAGGUUCAAGAAAAUUCAUAUGUAGAUUUGAUCAUUAUAUCACUUAUCAUGAUGGUAAAAUUUGGGCUUUAGGUGGAUUAACAAAAGAAAUGGCUCAUGUUACUGAAAUUUCUUGGUUUGAUUUACAAACAAAUAUAACUGGUUCAAUCAAGAUAAACCAAUUACCUAGAUUCCAAGGUGAUCAUAUCUUUAUGAAUUCAACAAAAAAUUCUUCAUUAUUAUUAGAUGUUGUUGUACCUUUAUUUUCAAUGGAUAAUACUUUAAUGGAACCAUGUAUUGGACUUUAUGAUUUAAAUAGUCUAAGAUGGCAUGCUGUAUUAACUGGUGCAUUUGAUCCAUUAUUAGGUCAUAAAUGGAAACAUACAUUUAUUCAUGAAUCAAAACUUUAUUUAUUAGGAUAUCCAAUAUCAGGUCAAGCAGAUGAUACAGCAUUUGAUUAUAAUUUGAAAACAAUUAUUGGAUUAGAUUUAGCUGAUUUGGGUAUAGUGGAAAGAUCAAUGAGGAAAAGAAAAUAUAAUGAUGAUGAUGAAGAUUCAAUGUCUUUAGAUUUUAAAAAUUUAUUAAAUGAUACUACAUUAAGUGAUUUUCAAAUAUUUGGUAUUGAAGGAAAUCAAAGACCUUCAUUAGAUUCAAUCUUCUUAGAACCUGGUGAAUCAAGAUUAGAAAAUGGAUUCCAAUCAUCAACAAAUCAAGAUACUUUUAUUAAAUCAUCACCUAUAAAAGUUCAUACUACAAUACUUUUCGCAAGAUGGCCACAUUUUAAAAGAAUUUUACAAAGUGGGAUGCAAGAAACUAAAACAAAUACAUUAUUUAUACCAGAACCCAUAAAAUGGAUCAAAUCGUUAAUUGAAUAUUUUUAUACAAAUGAUUUAUCUACAAUAGAUCAAGAUAUUAUUUCAGGGUUAUUAAUAUUGUCAAAUAUUUAUGAAGUCCCCAAAUUAAGAAAAUUAUGUCUUGAUAGAAUUUAUUCAAAAGGUUUUAAUGUGGAAACUGUAAUGAAAGUUUGGUCAAGAGCUAGAUAUAUUAAUGAAGAAAUUUUGGCACAUAAUGCAUCAAAUUAUUGUUCAAAAAAUUGGGAUUUAAUUAUCAGAUCACCGCAAUUUGAAGAAUUAUCAAAAGAGGAAAUUAUAAAUUUUUGUCGUGAUGUUAAAAUUGGUAAUAAUCAUUCAAAUUCAUCUUCUCAAUUAGGUGUUAAUAGAUUCCAAUCUCUUUCACCUCAUGAUAGAUCUUUCAAUUUAAAUAAUUAUGAUAGAGAUUAUAGUACAGUGGAUCAUGGACCUUCAUUUGGUACUUAUGGCACUGAACCAAAUUUUGGAUUUCCUGAAGGGGAAGCACCAAAAGAUAAUGAAGAUGAUGAAGAUUUUGAUCAACAAACCUAUGUUACUGGAAUGAAUUAUUAUAGAAUUCAUCCAACUGAUGAAAUAUAUGAAUAG